AAGCAGCGUCCACACCUUGACCACGACGCCGAUGAUUGCUCUAGAUUAUUAUCAUCGCCUCCCGGAAUGAUGCUCUCCGUGUACUGCCUCUUACCAAUCGAAUCCUGAAGAUCUUCAGCUUCUUCCGAAAGUGAACACCUUAUCCUGUUCGCCAAAAAGGGCGCACUGCAAAAUCAAAAGGUUGGUUAAGUGAAGCUGGUAGGACAAGUGAUGCCUGAUGAGGUAAAUCACGGCAGUAAUUUCAACAAAGGAUUGACUAGAUCAGGUGAAUCACAGCAGUAAUUCGACAAGGAUUGCUUCAAGGAUGGCCGGGAAAAGGAAAUGUUUUGUUCGGCCAGGAAGCUCUGUCAGUUGGACUUCUUGAUGGAUCGGUGCAGGCUGCCGCCAAUUGGACGUCAAAGUGUGAACAAUGAGCUGCUUUGUCUAUUCCCUACUGCAUAAGUUACAAUCAUAAUUGGGGAUUUUCCUACAGCAACUAAUCCUUGACUCCGUCUUUCCGUGUAGUGAUCACGACUACAAGAGAUCAGCACCAGCCACAGCUUUCUUCUACCUCAUGCUCUUCCCUGAUUAGACCAUUGGUACUUUGUCUAGAAAGAGGCAGCUCAAGCAUGAGCUGGUUUCCAUGCUAGUUUCAAUAGGAAGACAGGAAGCCAUGAAGACACUCCAUUUCUCAUGCAAGAAGCACAGCGACAGACCGCGCCCACCUUCCAUUGGCCUUGCUCUUGUGCUGCUCGUCUCCUUGGCAUCUUGCGCCAGUUCCUGCACAGAGCUGGAGAGGACCUCCCUCCUCCAGUUCCUCACAGGGCUCUCGCAGGAUGCCGACCUCACCAAGUUUUGGCAAGGAACUGACUGCUGCAAAUGGGAAGGAAUCGCCUGCAACCAAAAUGGGACAGUCACCACAGUCUCGUUGCCUUACAAGGGCCUUGAGGGGAGUAUCUCGCAGUCCCUUGGGAACCUCACCGGCCUGCAGCACCUAAACUUGUCCUACAAUUCACUGUCCGGUGGCCUGCCCCUGGGAUUGGUGUCAUCCAGCAGCAUCGUUGUCCUCGACGUCAGCUUCAACCAGCUCCGUGGAGACCUGCAUGAGCUGCCAUCUUCAACCCAUGGCCACUCUCUACAGGUACUUAACAUCUCAAGCAACUUGUUUACAGGGCAGUUUACAUCCACAACAUGGAAGGGGAUGCAGAAUUUGAUUGCACUCAAUGCCAGCAACAAUAGCUUUACUGGGCAGAUCCCAAGUCAUUUCUGUAACACAUCACCAUCCUUUAGUGUGCUUGAACUCUGUUACAACAAACUCAGUGGCGGUAUCCCCCCAGGACUAGGUAAUUGCUCCAAGCUCAGAGUUUUCAAGGCCGGCCACAACAACCUCAGCGGGACUCUGCCAGAACAACUCUUCAAUGCAACCUCGUUGGAAUGCCUCUCUUUUUCCAGCAAUGGUAUACAAGGAAUUCUUGAUGGGACACAUAUAGUCAAGCUCAGUAAUCUAGUUAUCCUCGACCUUGGAGAAAACAAAUUCAGUGGCAACAUCCCAGACUCCAUAGGUCAGCUCAAGAGAUUGCAAGAACUCCGUUUGGAUUACAACAAUAUGUCUGGGGAGCUUCCAUCUACACUGAGCAACUGCACAAAUCUUAUAACCAUCGACCUCAAAAACAACAGCUUCAGUGGAGAGCUUUCCAAGUUCAAUUUCUCCACCCUACACAAUCUAAAAACUUUAGACCUUCUGUACAACAACUUCACAGGAACAGUUCCAGAAAGCAUCUACUCUUGCAUAAAUUUGACUGCAUUAAGGCUAUCUGGCAACAACUUACAUGGGCAACUUUCACCAAGAAUUGGUAAUCUGAAGUCCCUCACCUUUUUGUCACUUGGCCAGAACAAUUUAAAAAACAUCACAAGUACACUGAAGAUCCUUAAGGGUUGCAGGAAUCUUACCACUCUUCUUAUUGGGCAAAACUUCAUGAAUGAAACCAUGCCAGAUGAUGACAGCAUCGAUGGUUUUGAUAGUCUUCAGGUUCUUUCCAUAAGUGGAUGCUCAUUGUUGGGGAAAAUACCUCAUUGGCUAUCAAAGCUCACAAAUCUGGAGAUGUUAUUUUUAUAUAAUAAUCGACUAACAGGACAAAUACCUGAUUGGAUUGGCAACCUAACCUUCCUGUUCUAUCUAGACAUAUCAAACAACAGUCUGACUGGGGAAAUCCCGAUAGCAUUGACAGAGAUGUCAAUGCUAAAAUCAGAGAAAAGGGCAGCACAUUUCGAUCCAAGAGUCUUUGAGCUACCAAUUAUUGUCGAUACAUCACUACAGUACCGCAAGGCCAAUGCUUUUCCGAAAGUGCUCAAUCUAGGAAACAAUCACUUCGCUGGUGUGAUCCCUCCAGAAAUUGGUCUCUUGAAAGAGCUCCUUUCACUAAAUUUGAGCUUCAAUAAGUUAACUGGUAACAUCCCCCAAUCAAUCUGCAACCUCACAAACUUGCUGGCGCUUGACUUAUCAAGCAACCAUCUAACAGGCACAAUUCCGUCCGCGCUGAACAAUCUGCACUUCCUCUCUAAAUUCAAUGUUUCUUUCAAUGAUCUAGAAGGGCCUGUACCAACCACAGGCCAGUUUGGUACAUUCACAAAUGCUAGCUUUGAUGGCAACCCAAAACUCUGUGGUCCUACACUUAUUCACCAUUGCAGUUCAGCAGAAGCAUAUUUCACCUCCAAGAAACAACAUAACAAGAAGUUCAUUUUUGCAGUUGCAUUUGGUGUAUUUUUUGGGAGUAUCGUAAUCCUAUUCAUGUUAGCUCGUCUCCUCCUUUUGUUUCGUGGUACAAGUUUCAGGAACAAAAACAUGAGCGAUGAUAGCAAUAUGGAAGUGUUAUCAUUCAACUCCAAUUCAGAGAAUUCAUUGGUGAUGAUGCCAGGAAGCAAGGGAGACGAAACCAAGCUCACAUUCACGGACAUUGUGAAGGCAACAAAUAACUUUGGCAAGGAGAACAUCAUCGGGUGUGGAGGCUAUGGACUAGUAUUCAAGGCCGAGCUACCCGAUGGAUCCAAGCUUGCAAUUAAGAAGCUCAACAGCGAGAUGUGCCUUAUGGAAAGGGAGUUUACUGCAGAGGUUGAAGCACUCUCCACGGCCCAGCAUGAAAAUCUUGUGCCACUGUGGGGUUAUUGCAUCCAUGGAAACUCGAGGUUCCUCAUAUAUUCUUUCAUGGAGAAUGGCAGUUUGGAUGAUUGGCUUCACAACAGGGAUGAUUAUGAUGCUACCACAUUUCUUGACUGGCCGAUGAGGCUCAAGAUUGCACAAGGAGCAAGCUGUGGCCUUUCUUACAUCCAUGAUGUCUGUAAGCCACACAUUGUGCAUCGUGACAUAAAAUCCAGCAACAUCCUACUUGACAAAGAAUUCAAAGCUUAUGUUGCAGAUUUUGGGCUGUCAAGAUUGAUCCUUCCCAACAAAACUCAUGUCACGACCGAGUUGGUUGGCACUCUUGGUUACAUUCCUCCUGAGUAUGGCCAUGGGUGGGUGGCUACUCUGAGAGGUGAUAUAUACAGUUUUGGGGUUGUCCUGCUUGAGCUGCUCACAGGACUGCGACCUGUUCCAGUCCUGUCAACAUCAAAAGAACUUGUCCCCUGGGUGCUGGAGAUGAGGUCUCAGGGAAUGCAGAUUGAGGUCCUGGAUCCAGUACUCCACGGCACAGGGCAUGAAGAGCAAAUGCUUAAGGUGCUUGAGGUUGCUUGCAAAUGUGUAGACUAUAACCCUAGCAUGAGGCCACCUAUCAUGGAAGUAGCAUCAUGCCUGGAAAGGAUCAAUACUGUCCUGCAGACACAAAAUUCAGUCAGAACACAAUGCAGUUAGCCUAGCCAAUUAUACCUGGCAAUAUUGUAGAAGUGCGUAUGUAUGUUUCACUAGGGUACUAGUUUUUAGUUUUUUACCAUACUAGUUUUAGUUUUUGACUAUUGUUAUAGGGCACCUUGUACAGUUUCUUGCACAUAUUGAGACUUCUGUAAUAUUUUGAUGAAAGUAUUCAUAUGGAUCAUCUCCCAUUCCCUUCUUUUCUUGAGGUGGUAUGUAA